AUGACUCAUGCUUGGCUCAUCAGUCUGAAGGAUAUGUACAACGCGCGGAAUACUCAACACACCGCCACCAAGAACUACCGUCUCGCCGAGUUGAAUAGUAAAUUUGAGAAGAAGCGCGAGGAAAUCACGGAGGCUUUGGAUCAGAAAUUUACCAAG